GAAAUUGGGACAUUAACCAUGAAUCCGUUUAUACUUCGGAAAAAGACUGCCCUAAUUUAGUAAAAAAUCCACAAAUGUAAAGUAAUAAAAUUUGUAGUUUAAAAGAAUUAGCAAAGGUGGAGAGCUGUGUGAUUAAAAAAAGUAGUGAAAAAAAAGGCACAAGUGGCAAAAUGAGGAGGUGCGACCGAAAAAGCCGGUUUGAGGGCAUGAUUCAUUGAACGAUGUAAGCAUUCAUCAGCCUUGAGCUUUUUCCGGCCACCAUCAUGAAUCUAAAGACUUUUGACACCUCACCCAAUUCUUCAUUACUGUUUAUUUUACAUACAUAUUAUAUUUAUAUUCAUGCAUGUUGCAAUUCUUGGCCCAUUUAUAUAUAUUCUCAGCACAUAACUUCUGAGAAAAAACACCUCCUUUUUCUCUCUCAUCUCUUUCUUUUGUUUUCUCUCUACUUUUUUUGCCCUACGGUGGUUGGGGUUGGGUUGUUCAAGAAGAUUUUGGGUGAUCUUUUUCUUGGAAUGCAAAGAUUGGCUCUAAUCUUCAUCUUGGCUGUGUUGAUUUUGUUCAUAAGCUUCGUCUUUUUUGCUCUCCUUUGGGGAUUUUCUUGUGAGAAACAGUCAUGCCUGCUCUUGUCAAUUACAGAGGUGAUGAUGAUCUCUAUUCUGGGGCUUCAUUGUGUUCCGGAGAUUCCGGCCUCUUACUCUCCAUCGGCUCCCACGUGGAGAUCUACUGCCCGCCUAGAAAGCGCUCACGGAUCAGUGGCCCUUGCAUCGUCAGUGGGAAUAUCUUCGAGGACAAGAGACCAUCUAUUGAUGUCCUCCCAGAUGAAUGCCUAUUCGAGAUCUUCAGGCGCUUGCCUGGUGGCCGGGAGAGGAGUUCUGCAGCGUGUGUUUCAAAGCGCUGGCUCACCAUCUUGAGCAGCGUUCGGAGCUCUGAGUUUUACAAUAAGGAACACGUCUCUGCAGAUGAGGAUAUGGAAGUGGAAUGUGAUGGAUACCUCACUAGGUGUGUGGAAGGGAAGAAAGCGACGGAUGUGAGGCUUGCUGCCAUUGCAGUUGGUACUUCUAGCCGCGGAGGGCUUGGAAAGCUUUCUAUCCGGGGAAGCAACUCGUUGAGGGGCGUUUCUAACUUUGGUUUGUCAGCAAUAGCUCGUGGUUGCCCUUCCCUCAGGGCUCUCUCAUUGUGGAACGUGCCCUCCAUCGGUGAUGAAGGUCUAUUCGAGAUUGCAAGAGAGUGCCAUUCGUUGGAGAAGCUAGACCUUUGCCAAUGUCCUUCAAUCUCGAACAAGGGUUUGGCCGCAGUCGCAGAGAGCUGUCCGAAUUUGACUGCAGUGACUAUCGAAUCGUGUUCAAACAUUGGCAAUGACGGCCUGCAAGCACUUGCCAAAUUCUGUCCAAAGCUGCAGUCGAUCACUAUCAAAGAUUGUGCGCGUGUUGGGGAUCAGGGAAUCGCCAGCCUCUUGUCAUCAGCUUCUUCCUUGACAAAGGUAAAAUUUCAGUCACUUAACAUCACCGAUUACUCGGUUGCUGUGAUAGGGCACUAUGGAAAAGCCAUCACGAAUCUUGUUCUAUGCGGGCUUCAAAACGUCAGCCAGAAGGGCUUCUGGGUGAUGGGCAACGCACAAGGUCUUCAAUCGCUGUCGUCUUUGACAGUUAGUUCGUGCAGGGGGAUAACCGACUUGAGCCUCGAAGCAGUCGGGAAGGGAUGCCCAAACCUAAAACACAUGUGUGUCCGCAAGUGUUGCUUUGUAUCUGACAAGGGGCUCGUGGCCUUUGCCAAGGCGACGAGCUCUCUCGAAAGCUUGCAGUUGGAGGAGUGCAAUAGGAUUACACAAAUUGGGAUCUUGACUGCUCUGUCCAGCAUCAGUUCUAAAUUGAAGUCUGUUUCUUUGGUUAAGUGUAUGGGAAUCAAGGAUCUGUCGACCGAGUUUCCAGUGCUCUCCCCGUGCGAAUCUCUCCGGUCGUUGUCGAUCCGAAGCUGUCCCGGAUUUGGAAGUACCAGUUUGGCCAUGGUUGGGAAGUUGUGCCCCCAGCUACACCACUUGGAUCUGAGCGGACUUUGUGGGAUCACGGACACCGGGCUUCUCCCGCUUCUCGAAUGCUGCGAGGCAGGGUUAGCCAAGGUUAAUCUCAGCGAGUGUUUGAACUUGAGCGACGAAGUGGUCUUGGCUUUGGCUAGGUUGCACGGUACGACGCUUGAAUUGGUGAAUCUGGACGGGUGCCAAAAGAUCACCGAUGCAACCCUAGCAGCGCUGGCCGAGAGCUGCCCGUUGCUCAACGACCUCGAUGUUUCCAAGUGUUUGGUGACGGAUGCCGGUGUUGCUGCUCUGUCGCGUGGAGUGCAGUCCAACCUGCAGGUUCUGUCCCUGUCGGGGUGCUCGAUGGUGUCGAACAAGAGCGUACCCGCUCUCGAGAGAUUGGGGAAGACACUCGUCGGCUUGAAUCUCCAGCACUGCAACUCCAUUAGCAACAGCAAGGUGGAGAUGCUCACUGAGAAGUUGUGGAGAUGCGAUAUCCUUUCUUGAGUCGCAUCGAGCGAGGAUAGCGCACGACACAACAACUAGUGGUUUUUCGCGAGCAGCUCGGCCCGACUCGGUUGUUUUCCAUGGAGACCAAAGGCGAAUCAGUUUUUUUCUGCUACACUAUUUUUGCAGGCUUCUUUGUAUUUAACGAGCCUGUUGAAACCCCCCUUUUUAAGCCUCUCUUUGGGAGGCUGCCUCUUUGACUGCCUUUGGUUUCUUGUGAAUACGGUUACCGGGUCGUGCUCCCCGUCCCGUCUAUGGUGCUCCUCGUUGCCUAAGCCCCGUGCUAUCGACCUUCAUGUCCCGUCUAUGGUGUGCUCCUCCUCGUCGCCUAAGCUCCCUCCGGUACUUCCUCUGCCAUCGCCCGUACUGUGUCAAUAAAGCUUUUGCUCGUUUCGUUUCCAUGUCUCGUGGUGAUCUUCGUCUCGUUUAGCAGUCGUCGUACUUGCUUGUUUCUUGAUUAAGCUGUUGCUAGUUUGUAUGUUUCGUGGCGUUGUCUUAAGGUUUGCGAUUUGUGUAUGUUUGUUAAGCUUGUGUAUCGGGUGGUAGUUGGCGUCGUCUCGCGCUCGCGCGGCGUCGCUUCAUCGUCGUUUCGAUAAGAGUGAGGUAGUCUGUGAGCGAGGACUUGGCCAUGGCAGCUUAGCAUCUGUUGUUGCCAUUACAGCCUGGUCUUCUUUUUUGUAGGAUUGGAAAAUCCUAUUUGUGCAGCUUACCUCAAUUCUUGAUUGUACAAUGUAACUACCUCCCUUUUUAUGUUCAAUAAGGAAAUGAAACUGUAUUUUGUGUUA